AUGGACGAAGAAAUUGAAGAAUUCGACGUUAAUCAAGUAGAUGUAGAGUUUUUUGAAUUUAAACUAUUACGUAAAAAUACUCCGAGUGUACGUUUAUCUGAAAAUGUCUUCGAUUUAUCCAAAACUCCAUCACAUUCCAAUUUACUUGUUGUCUCUAAUCUUUAUGGAUAUUUUGUUGCUGCAUCAAAUAAAGACCUUCGUGCGAAGUUUGUGAAUUCUGAAACUUCUGAUGAAUUAAAAAUUAAUUUUGAUCAAAAGAUUCAUGUUGAUAUUUUAGAAGGUUGUGUGAUUUCUUUAAGACUUUCCUCUGAUCAGCUAACAAUUAUAGUCGCUAUACAAGGUGGUAUAGUAUUAUACUAUGAUGUGACAAAAAUUGGAGUGGAGCAAUCUUCUAUUCAACCAUAUCAAAUAAUGAAAUUCUCGGAUGAGAUUAAAGAUAUUCGCCCAAAUUUAGGAGAAAGAUUCAACAUUGUUGCUAUUUUACUUGUAUCUGGUAUUGUGCAUAUUUAUGAUUAUUUAAAAAAUGAGCAAAUUGGAAUCAUAGAUAAUAUUAAAUUAGGAGAUCAAGUUACUGCUCUUUGUUGGUCUCCAAAAGGGAAACAAUUAGUAUGUGGCACACAAACUGGGAAACUAAUGCAACAUUUACCUGAAGGAAUAGUGAAGUCUUCAAUACAGCCACCAAAGCAAUUAAUUCAACCUUCAUAUUAUGUUCAGAAUAUAUUAUGGUUAGACACUCCAACAUUUAUAGUAGCUUAUUUUCCAGUGGUACAAGAUGAAAAUUCAGAUCUUGAAAAUUAUAUAGUAUUUUGCGAUUCAAAGAAAAAAACUGUAUAUCAACAUAUUAAAGAUUUGUGUCCAUAUAGUACUGAUGAGAGAAACCCUAAUCUUUACAUGGAAACAAUCAGAAAUUGGGGCCCUAGAUCAAAGAAUCUUGUUAUUUGUGCAAACGCUAAUUCAAUCAAUGUACAUGUGAUUACAUGCGAUGAAUCAAAUGAAUGGUUGUAUUGGUAUUUGCCUGAAGGAUCCGAUGCAUCACUACCUCUUGGUGAUGAUGAUAAUGACACCCUCCCUAUUGGAAUGGCAAUUGAUUUCACCGAUACUGAUACUUGGAUCACUCAAACACCUAGUGAAGAUAGAGUUGAAAUACCAUCAGUUCCUAUUGUUUAUAUUUUAAACAACGCCUCCGACAUAUUAGCAUAUAGAUGUUUCCAUAGAGACGCUUUUGAAUCAGGGUUUAAUUGUUCAGAUAUGAUAACCCCUCAACCACUACCAACUAGAGAUUUGAUUUUUGGAUAUAAACAAACUGGAGAAGAAGCUGUUAAAGCAUAUAAUGUAUUUUAUUAUUUAACAUAUGAAGGUGCUAUUAACAUUGAAAGUAUUCAAGAUCCAAUUGAAAGAAAAAGUAUUGAACAACAGAUUUAUCAUUUUGGUCAGACACCCACUCAACUUCUCAAAGAACCACAUCCUAAACGAUUUCCUAGUAAAAAAUUUUUGAAAAAAAAUUUGUUGAAUUCCUUGGAUAGUCAGGAAUAUUUCUCAUUGAAAUCUAAUAAACUAGUUUUUGUUGAUUUGCCAUCACCUGACUUUAUGAACUUUUCUGCCAUUGAUUUACAACAAAUUAUCACUGUUGAUGAAAAUGGAUUAGUUGGUAAACAUAAUCUUUUGCCUAAACCAACAGCUCCAGAAAUAAAAAGAUUUGAAGUAGAUCCUGGCUUACAGUAUAAAAGUCAAUUGAAUAGUCCAUUUUCUUUUGAUGUAAAAAUUACACCAAGAAGUUUCGCAUGUAGUAAAGAUGGGAAAGUUCUUAUAAGUUGUGGACAUUGGGAUAAUUCAAUAAAAGUUACAUUGACAGAGACAGGAAAGAUUAACGACAGCAUAUCAGGACAUAAUGAUAUCCUUUAUUGUCGUUGUUGUUAUGCCGCUAUUAUAAUUAGGAUCAGUGAAGAUGGAAGAAUUGUUGUUACAGGUUCAAGGAAUGCAAAUUACAUACGAACAUUAUGCCCAUUUGAAGAUGACGAAUCAUCUGUUGAAUAUUUAUGCAUAACCAAAGAUGCUAACAUAGUCAUAUAUACAGAAUAUAAAAAUGAAUAUUUUCUUCAUACUUACAGUAUUAAUGGAAAGCUUUUAAAUUCAAUGCAACUAUCUGUUAAAAUAGAACAUAUGAUUUCUUCAACUGAAAGUAAUUCAAUAGUUACAACAACCGAUGGAGAAGAUGGAGAAGAUGAAAAAAGUUUUAUUAGAAUAUAUGAUGUUUUAAGCCUAGAGUUGCAUCAUGAAUUCACAGUUCCAUUAAUUGCAAAUUGUCUUAAAUUAAGUAAUAAUGAUAUGCAAAUAUGGAUAGCAGGAAAUAAUGGCAAAUUAUUAAUAGUUUCCGAUAACGAUUAUUCAAUAAGAAAAUUUCCACUGAUUUAUAAAAGAAUAUUCUUUAAUGCAAAUAAUCUAAAUAAUAAAAAUAGAAUAAUUAAACCCUCCCAAUUUGUAAUGAAAAGUAAUCUGUCUCAAGAUGAAUAUCAUCAACUAUCAGAAGAGACCAUGGAAAAAUUAUAUGAAAAUUUGGAAAGUCUAGGAGAAGAAAUAAAUAUCAAUGAUUAUGACGUUGAAUAUUCUUGCGGCUCAACAGGCACAUAUGUUAUAAAUAAACAACCUCCUAAUAAACAAAUCUGGUUGUCAUCACCAGUUAGUGGGCCAAAACGUUAUGAUUAUGAUUUCAAAGAUGAAAAGUGGAUUUAUCAUCAUGAAAAUUCAACCUUGGAUGAAUUAUUAAAUAACGAAUUAUCACAAAUUUUCAAGAGAGAUGUAAAAUUAUCUUUUUGA